AUGGCGCAGAAAGGGGUGCCAGGGUGCGUGCUAGCAGCACAUCACAUCGAAAGGCCGUCUGCAAGUCCUUAUUCAAAUUAUUUCAAUCAUGAGUUCGACUGUCUAUGUCAAGGAAAGGAUGUCACUUGCAAAGCGUGCUGCUUUGGCUUUGGCAGCAAACCAUCAACAAUUUGGAUGGAUGACUUUGACGCACGUCUAGAAAGUGCUUGGAAGACUGCACUCCGGACGGCCGAGUUUCCGUUGGUUUGUGCAAUCCUCCAAACCCUGCGAUCGGGCGACGAGUGGCCCUGCGCCGCUGUCACUGACGAGGCCAUGGCGCACAUCCUGGACAUUUGCAUGCUCAUCGGGGAUAAGGAGGCCGCAAUAGAGUGCGCGAAGCACACAUGCAUAUGGCCGGUUCGGCGGUGGAGGUCUGAGGAUCUCUUUCAGGUGCGAGGCAGAAUGUGUUCUAUUGACGACUCAUUUUUCACAGGAGGACCCAUUUUUCAGGACUGGGUGUGCCAUUUCUCCUUGGACGUUCUGAUUGCAAGUUUUGCGGUUGGUGCUGGGCUUCAAGAUCUUACACUGCUCACAGACUUGCGAGGCUUCAAAGACCGAUGUUUCCCGCUCAGAGCCGCUGUGGCGCUUUUUGGAGAGCUGGACCUUUUGGCAAGAUGGAGAAACACUUGGCUGUUGAGUGAUUUGUUUGAGUGUGGGAACUUCAAAGCAAACCUAGUCGCUGCUGAGAAGGCCGGAAUUGAGUUGAACACCAUGACUGUUCGCUUUUUUUUUGGCACCUGCAAAGAAUGCAAUGGAUCUCUUCUGGAUUUGUCCAUUUGGCUCGGAAAGCCUGAUUGUGCCACAGUCCUGCCUUCAUUGGGUGUGAGCUGGCUUACCAAGGAAAAUGGGGACUGGUUGAAGAGGCUUAUUGAUUUGAAGCCUUCGACCAAUACUCGACGGCCAGCAGCGAAAGCAGGCGCCCACGCAGCUUUGCGAUGCUUUUGGAAAAGCGAACUCAAUGCUAAGGGCGUUGCAGUUUUGCAGCUCCUCAAGACCUCUUUCCGAGGAAAGCCUUUUCCACCGCGGUUGGUGAGACAUAUUCUUUUGCUUGCCAUGGAUGUGCCAGAAAUUCUAGAUCAACUGGAUCUUUGGGAGGAUGUCAAGAACUGGCAUGAUCCCCAACAUCAUUGCUUCAACCGCACUUCGGGGAACUCUUCGGGAGAGCAGGGAACUGUGGGUGCUCCGAACGAGGCUGCUUCUGCUGAAGGCUCCCUUCCUGAAGAACCUCCCGCAUCAUCUGGCGAGCCAGCCUCAACAAGAAAGUCUCAGGAGCAAGACGUGACCGAGAUGACCAUGCGAGCCCUCCAAGCCAGCCGCGAGCAGAUGGCUCCGCUCAACAUGGACGGCGUGUGCCUCUUCCGGUUGACGCGCAUGGCAAAAACCGAGCACGUGCAGCAGCUGCUGUUGAAUCCUGAUGGGCCCUUGGCAGCGCUUCAUGCGCGUGUUCUGGAGGCCGGUUGCGAGGUGAAUCCCGAUUGGAGCCCGGUGAAGGUGCUCUUCGUGCCGAUCACUGAAGCCCAAAUGAAUGAACUGCAGGAUCUGGCUGAUUUUGGAUACGAGCUGCGCAGGGAUGUGCAUUUGUUAGCCUUGCAAGAGGAUCAGCGCAUCAUCGAGGCCGCCUUCCGGAACGCAUUUCCCAGCGCUGGGCGGCCGAAAUUGAAGCAGGUGGGCCCCACGCGAGAUGUGCCGAAUAUGCGCAGGGAGGAUGGAGAAGAGGCCGCAGAUGAUAGUGAGGAUGAUGGGCCUUGGCUGGCAUUGGAAGGUGGAUUUCAGACAGAUUCAAGUGUGGGAUAUCCAUCUUACUCCAGGGCUCAAGAGGCCUAUGAGGAGUUGCUGGAGCAGCGAGCGGAGCUUCAACGCAAGGUGCAGUUCCUCCUGCAAUCCCAACGACAAACCGCGGCGUCACCGUUGGCGCACGAGGUCUAUGGUCCCAUGGACCCAGAGAAUCCGCACUGCCGACGCUACAGGCGCUACUGGAUGGAACAAGCUCCUCGGGCGCCACGACCGGCGCCCCAAGCGCCUCCAGCGGCGCAGCAGGUGGCGCCUCAAGCGGUGCCUCAAGCGCCUCCGGCGGCGGCUCCGGUGCCCCAGGCGGACGUGCCAGAGGCGACGCAGAGUUGCCUUCGGCGGCAAGAAGCGAUACGCUUGGCGCAGCAAGAGAUGGAGGCCAACUUCAACCGAGCUCCGAUGCACGCGGCUUCUGCCUCGGCUUCGCCAGCUCGACCGUGUGACCAAGACCGGAGCAGAGCAGGAAGAGCUGGGGAAUUCAGCACAAUGCCCACCGCUGCCCCUGCUGCGCCGCCGGCUUCGCCGCCGGAGCUCCGUGCCUCGGGUGCUCCACGCCUCUUUGCGUCGCGGCCUGCGGAGAUGGAACGGCGGGAGGCCGCCCCUGCCCCUGAGAUCUGGCCCUCACGUGAGGAAUCUCCGAAGGAUGCGGACGUCGCCCCGAUUCCGACGGAGCCGCCGGCGCCGGCGACGGUGCCUCCGGCGCCCAGCCCGGCACCGUCCCCGAAGGCGCGGCCCAGUGAAGGCAUGGACGAAGAACAGUGGCUCUUCAAGGCCAAAGAGCUUUUGAAGAGCUUGGGGCUUGAGUCCUCGCGGCUUCCUGCGAAGGACCUGGAGUUUCAGGAGGCCUUUCCUUCAAGCUCCAGCUACUCUAAAGGUCUGAAGAGCAACAAGCUCCUUCAGAAGCUGGAGAUGCACGGCUUGGACUGUCUUCAAGACUGGUACACGCCACUGGACCGCGUGCACAAGGUGAGGGAGAUGGCCAUCUGCCGCGCCUCAGUCGAACCGCCUGUGGCAGUGAGUGGCUUGCUGGGUGUGCCCGGCCACAGCUACGUGGUGCCGCGCGUCCACGCGCGCGUGCCCGGCACGCCCGCGACGAAGCAUCGAAGCUCCCUAGGUGGUUCUACAGCCAGAUCUGCGAGUGAGGAGAGGCCUUCGAGGCCUUCCUCGGGGAGAGCACCGUCCUCUUCGCGGUGA